AUGAAAACAUUGUUCUUGAUUAGUUUGAUUGCAAUUGCAUUGACUGCAAGAGUGUAAGAAAGAAGUCUUUAAAAAAUGACAACAGAUUUGAAAAAGAGUACAUAUGGAAGUGCUCUUCUUCAUUUAGUUGAAUUACAUUCGAUGGCUGGUGGUCCAGUAUAAGAAUUGAUUGAUGCUAUUGAAGAAUUAAUAAAUGAUCUUGAAGAUGAAUUAGAAGAAUUAGAAUUUAAUUUUUAAUAGAGAACAAAUGAACAUAAUUCAUUAGUGAUUGGAUUUUAAUAAGAUAUAUAAGAUGCUGUAAUAGGUAUAUAAUAAAUAAAUUUUUAGAUGUUAAUAACACUUAAGAUACUUUAGAUAAUUUAUUAUUCCCAAGAAGAGAAUAAUUAUAAGUUAGAAUCGAAUAGAUUUAAGAAAAUUAAGAAGCAAAUAGAAAAAAUUAUGAUGAAGCUAUUCUUAUAAGAGAAUAAGAACAUGAAGAUUUUGAAUUAUAAGUUGCAGAAUUAAAUGAUGCUACAGCUGCUGUUGAUGAUGCACUUGCACUUCUUUCUUCAUUAACAAAUCCAUCACUUCUUUAAAUUAAGAGAUUCUAAAAUUCAUUAAAAAAUAUUGAAUAAAAGAUUAAAUCAAGAUCAAAGAUGGCUCCAAUGAUUAAAGCACUUAUAACUUUAGCUUCAAAUUAAAAUUUCUCAGAUUAAGGAAUUAUUGGUUAAAUUGUUGAUGCACUUAAUGAAUUCAGAAAUGCUAUUGUAGAUUCAAUUAAUGCUUAAACAGCAGCUGAAGCUGAUGCUUAAUCUGAACAUGAAGAAUAUCUUGAAUAAUUAGAUGCUGAAUAUGCUGAAUUCUAAAGAUAAAUCAAUAGAGUUAAUGUUGAUUUGACUGCAACUAAUGGUAUUAUAUAUAUAGUAUUAAUAUAGAAAAAAUUGAUUAAUUGAGUGAAUUUAGAGAUUAAAGAGAAGCUGAUAGAAAAUAAUAUAUUGCAGAACUUGAAUUAGAAAAUAACACUUAUGCUGAAGAAACUGAUAUCUACAAUAACUUAAAGAAUGAAUUUACUAGAGAAUUAGGAAUUAGUGAAUAAGCAUUGUCAGUUGUUUAAAGUGCUGACCUUAGUAACAUUUAAGUUUGAAAGGAAUGAUUUUAAGUUUCUUUUUAAUAUCAUAAGAAUUAACUUUAAAU